UAGUUAUGUUGAUGGGACCGAGAAAUGGAUGACAGUCGAGUGAUAAAAUCAACUGUGAACAAACUAGGCGACCAAUCGCCGUAUUUACAAAUUGCGGUUGGAGCUGGAGGCGGUUUUGUUACAGGAUUUGUUUUGCUAAAGGCUUGUAAAAUUUUGGCCAUUGUCGUCGGUGGCUCCAUUUUAACCAUCGAGCUGGCAUUGCAGAGUGAGAUCAUCACCAUUGAAUGGGGAGGCCUAAUCCGGCGAUUCGAAAUGGAGGAAGGGGCGGAGACGACACCACCUACACCAUGGCAAGGUCCUGGAACUCGGGCUCUUCCUUUCGUGAAUGAUCCAUAUAGAAAGUUGAAGAAAUCUUUAAUCAAUAGCGCUCGCUUCUCUGUAGCAUUUCUUGGUGGAUUCUUGCUGGGCAUGGGCUUUUCAUAAAGCAAAUAAUUAAUUAUAUUAUAUAUACAUACAAGUACAUUUGUACGUUGUGUACUACAACACAAUCGUUUAGAAAUUUAAUAGAAAUGUACUCUCUCGCACU